AUGUGAGUAAAACGCGCGAAAGACAUUGCGGAGAAAUUGUGCACUGGAAACCCCCGAAAUUGCAGCUAUUGAAUCUAAAUAAGGCACCCUGUACGCCCAUCAAAAGCAAAGUUUGGAGCAGCAAGCGGCUCUAGAAGAGGCUCGAUGCUAGUAACUCUGAAGAUUUGGUCAGCGAUAAAACACAGGUUCGGGAUGUUUCUACAUCAAUGGGUCCACCACCUACAGCUCUCCAACAGGAACCGAAACGUAUUUCGUCCCGUUCACGCAUACGACGUCAAAACCCACCCACAAUUCCACAGUCGGCGCACAUUCCAUCUGAAAGAGCUGAAAACGCUGCAUAUAAAUUUUGAUACACAAGAGAACUGCUAUCAGAUUGCCUUGCGUAUCUUGCCUGCGCAUGGUGGUGGCGGAGGCGGUGGAGCAACUCCCAAGCCAAAGACCGUGCCGUUAUUGUCAGACUGGACAAGGAAACCGUCGUUCAGGAAUGGAAAUUUAAACGUAUCACCGAUCAGUGCCAAUUGCAUCUCAAUGGACACAUUGAGUGUGCCUAUAAGCUGGCCAAUCAAUUUGGGAUUAACCACUUCCAAUACAAACAAUCUAAAACCAGAAUUUUGGUCUCAUUUGGCCAAGACCAUACAGUCGGUUUCGAUCGUCAGUAACAAAAGGUGAUUUAAUUACAAAGUGGACUAAUUUAACUACAAUGUCAAAUAACAAAGAAAUGAAGACCAUGAAAUACUGAAAAAUUACUCGACUUUCUUCAGAUUUCAAACCAGAAUAACAACGACUCAUGGCAAGAGAACCCUAAAAAUGAAGUACAACAAAAUGCAAAAGCUUUACAAAAACAAUUAAAGAAUACUUCCAAUAAACAUAAUGAAUCUUCAGAAGAAGGUAACAUUGUUGACAAUGAGGACGAUGAUGUGGAAAUGAAAAAAAAAAAAACCCAAAAAGGGGAUGAUAAACCCCAAUGUUAUCAUUAUGGAAUGGCGAUUGCCAAUGUUAAGUCGAAGAUGCUGUCGACUAACGAUUCAUUGGCCGAACUGGCUCGCCAAACGCCUAACUUUGUGCCCUACGAAAUGUUCAAUCCACGUGACCAGAACGAGGAAAUGGUCAUUCUGUAUACUUUCCUAACAAAAGGCAUUGACUCUGAGGACAUCAAGUAUAUUAAGAUGAGCUACAUGGAUCAUUUGCAAAAGGAGCCAUAUGCCAUGUUCUUGAAUAACACCCAUUGGGUGGAUCAUUGCACAACGGAUCGAGCAUUUUGGCCACCGCCACCGAAAAAACGCAGGAAAGAUGAUGAAUUAAUGCGGCAUAAAACGGGUUGUGCUCGCACUGAGGGCUACUACAAGUUAGACGUGCGAGAGAAGGCCAAACACAAGUACCAUCAUACCAAGGCCAAUGCCGAUGAUGUGCAAAAUGAAGAUCGAUGCGACGAGCCGACGGCGCUAACGAAUCAUCAUCACAAUAAGCUAAUAUCGAAAAUGCAAGGCAUUUCGCGGGAGGCGCGCUCAAAUCAGCGACGACAGCUCACAGCUUUUGGCUCAAUGGGCGAGUCUGAGCUACUUAAAUUUAAUCAACUCAAAUUUCGAAAGAAACAACUGAAAUUUGCCAAAUCAGCUAUCCACGAUUGGGGAUUAUUUGCUAUGGAGCCCAUAGCAGCCGAUGAGAUGGCCAUUGAAUACGUUGGACAAAUGAUACGACCAGUUGUGGCCGAUUUAAGAGAGACCAAAUAUGAAGCGAUUGGAAUUGGCAGCUCUUAUCUAUUCCGCAUUGAUAUGGAAACGAUUAUCGAUGCCACGAAAUGUGGAAAUCUCGAACGAUUCAUAAACCACAGUUGUAAUCAUAGAGUCGGAGAAGAAAAUCGUAAUAUAUUCAAAGCAACCCAUCGGUGUGAAUGAGGAAAUUACAUAUGAUUACAAGUUCCCAUUGGAGGACGAAAAGAUCCCAUGCCUGUGUUUGCUGAUUAGUUUGGCAUGUAUAUAUACAUAGAAUAUAGCUUAAUCUUUCCGUCUACAAUAACGUUAAAAAGUUAAAAAGUAGAUACGUUUACAGAAUUUAAUAUAAUUUUAGUUUCACUUGAAGAAGAAUUAGUCCUAAGUUAUCAAUGUUCGUAGUGUUUAGGAUUUAUUUUGCGAACAAACUAAUUAAAUAAACGAACCAUAACUGA